UCUGGGAUAUGAGCUCUAUGGCUCGUUCCAACUCUGCUCAUAUGGCGGCUAUGAAGGGAAAGAGUGUGGCUUAUGAGGACGAUGACGACGAGCAGGGGGAGCGUGAGAAUGUAUUCUCCCGUAUGGAGAUACCUCCGUCGCAACAUAAGCAUCAGACAUCGGGCUCUCAUACUUCAGCCCCCAAUGCUACUGCAUUAGAUCGUGUUCACCGUACCUAUGUGGACAAGGAGACGCGACGAGGUCCUCAUUCUAGGCCACGAUCUCCGCCAUUGAACCGCGGAGAUCCUCGCAACAGGGAGAGACACAAUGACGCGCAGAGGAACCGGAGAUGGAAAGCUGAUGAUCGCAAGGAAACUCAUAGAAUAUCUAGGCGUGGUCAGGACAAGUCACAAAGGUUUGGAGGAUCUAGACACGACGCAGGUCCUUACAGCCGUGGGAGUGAUCAGUGCUGGAGAGCAAAUUCGAAUGAUCCUCCUUGUGCGCCUGUUAAUGUUUCUGAGGCGCCAACGCGGGCCAGGGAGAUAGCUGAGGUUAGGCUGGAGAACACUGUCUUGCAGCCGAAUGAUGAUGCCAGACAGCAGAGGAGGCUUGCUAGCGCAAUUGUUACCCCAACUGCGGUGGCACACACUAUGGAGCGCAACAUAACGAUCCGUACUAAAGAUGUUGCGAAAACUCUUUCUUUCUCGCCUUUGCGAGAACACGAUACUGAUGAUACGGAACAAAUGAUUGGAUCCCUGAAUGACAUGGAGAUGACGGAUCAACAUACGGAUUGCUUUAUGGAGGUAGAACCCAAUGAUUCAAAUGAUGAUGAUUUACUUGGAGAGGAACUAAGAGAGGCGGAAGAAGGCAUCAUCAAAGGUACCAUGAAUGGGGAUAAGAGCCGCAAUGCUGGACGUAGGUCGGAAAGUAAGCAUCCCCGCCAGAUGAGAGAUGGUGGUAGACAUAAUGCUUCUUUGGGCAUGUCUAACAAGAAGCUGGAUGUCCUCCGUAGGGGAUCUCCCUCAAAACGAUCGAAGACAGGUUCCACUAUAGUUGACGCGAGGCAUGGGAAUCGUCGACAUGGGAAGAAGGCUACUGAUGUUUUACCACAAUUGAGAUACUAG